CGGUGAGAGCGUCGCCCCGGCCCCGGCCCCGGCAAACGCUCGGAAGACUUGUUGCUGCUGCGCUGCAGCCGCUGCGGGGAAGCCGGCAGCUCCCGGAGCUCGGUGCGGUCUGGGAACCGGAGGGUGGCCCGUGUGAAUGUGAGCGCGCGCGCGUCCCGGCCCCUCGCAGUGCGCUUGGACUGUGCGCUUCCCUGUCUUUUCGGGGGUAGGGGGGGCGUGGCCCGGCCCCAAGCAUCUGCGUGCCCUGUCCUCUCUGGGGAGCGUGUGUCCCGGCCCCUGCUUCCCCAGGCCUCUCACUUGGGUCCUCGGCUCACCUCUCCCCUUCCUGUCUCCUUCUCGGCGCUGCCUCCCCAAACCUCAACCACCUGUGCGCCCAAGAAACCCAACUCCUCCGGCUCCGCGCCCCGGCGGGGAGGCAGGGCCACGCCGCAGAGGGGCCGCAGCCACCUCCUGCCUACUCCUCGUCUCCUCCCCCUCCCCCGUCUGACGCUGCCUCCUCGGGAAGGGUGUUUGGAGGGCAGCGGCAGCCCCAAGCCGGAGCCCCGCAGCGCUUCUUAUGAUCAGCUCGGUGUGUGUCUCCUCCUACCGCGGGCGCAAGUCGGGGAACAAGCCGCCGUCCAAAACAUGUCUGAAGGAGGAGAUGGCCAAGGGCGAGGCGUCGGAGAAGAUCAUCAUCAACGUGGGCGGCACGCGACAUGAGACCUACCGCAGCACCCUGCGCACCCUACCCGGCACCCGCCUCGCCUGGCUGGCUGAUCCCGACGGCGGGGGCCGGACCGAGUCUGAUGGCGGCGGUGCUGGCAGCAGCGGCGGCAGCGGCGGCGGCGGCUGCGAGUUCUUCUUCGACCGGCACCCAGGCGUCUUCGCCUACGUGCUCAACUACUACCGCACCGGCAAGCUGCACUGCCCGGCGGACGUUUGCGGGCCGCUCUUCGAGGAGGAGCUCACCUUUUGGGGCAUCGACGAGACCGACGUGGAGCCCUGCUGUUGGAUGACCUACCGGCAGCACCGGGACGCCGAGGAGGCGCUCGACAUCUUCGAGAGCCCGGACGGAGGCGCUGGCGGCGCGGGGCCCAGCGACGAGGCCGGCGACGAUGAGCGGGAGCUAGCCCUGCAGCGCCUGGGCCCCCAUGAAGGCGGCGCGGGCCCCGGCGCCGGGCUGGGGGGCUGCCGCGGCUGGCAGCCCCGCAUGUGGGCGCUUUUCGAGGAUCCUUACUCCUCUCGGGCGGCCAGGGUGGUGGCCUUUGCCUCGCUCUUCUUCAUUCUGGUCUCCAUUACCACCUUCUGCUUGGAGACCCACGAGGCCUUCAACAUCGACCGCAACGUGACGGAAAUCCACCGUGUGGGGAACACCACCAGCGUGCGCUUCCGGCGGGAGGUGGAGACAGAGCCCAUUCUGACCUACAUCGAGGGGGUGUGCGUGCUCUGGUUCACACUGGAGUUCCUGGUGCGCAUCGUGUGCUGCCCCGACACGCUGGACUUCGUCAAGAACCUGCUCAACAUAAUCGACUUUGUGGCCAUCCUGCCCUUCUACUUGGAGGUGGGGCUGAGCGGCCUGUCGUCCAAGGCAGCCCGCGAUGUGCUGGGCUUCCUGCGGGUGGUGCGCUUUGUGCGUAUCUUGCGCAUUUUCAAGCUCACGCGCCACUUUGUGGGGCUGCGCGUGCUGGGCCACACGCUGCGCGCCAGCACCAAUGAGUUCCUUCUGCUCAUCAUUUUCCUGGCCCUGGGCGUGCUCAUCUUCGCCACCAUGAUCUACUACGCAGAGCGCAUCGGCGCCAGGCCCUCCGACCCAAGGGGCAACGACCACACCGAUUUCAAGAACAUCCCCAUUGGCUUCUGGUGGGCCGUGGUCACCAUGACGACGCUGGGCUACGGGGACAUGUACCCCAAGACAUGGUCGGGUAUGCUCGUGGGGGCUCUGUGUGCACUGGCUGGCGUGCUCACCAUUGCCAUGCCGGUGCCCGUGAUUGUCAACAACUUUGGCAUGUACUACUCUCUGGCCAUGGCCAAGCAGAAGCUGCCCAAGAAACGGAAGAAGCACGUGCCACGGCCACCCCAGCUCGAGUCACCCAUUUACUGCAAGUCAGAGGAGACCUCGCCCCGGGACAGCACCUACAGUGAUACCAGCCCCCCUGCCCGGGAAGAGGGUAUGGUGGAGAGGAAACGGGCAGACUCCAAGCAGAACGGCGACGCUAACGCGGUGCUGUCAGAUGAGGAGGGAGCUGGCCUCACCCAGCCCCUGGCCUCUGCCCCCACCCCCGAGGAACGCCGGGCCCUGCGUCGCUCCGGCACCCGGGACAGAAACAAGAAGGCAGCUGCCUGCUUCCUGCUCAGCGCUGGGGACUAUGCCUGUGCUGAUGGCAGUGUCCGGAAAGGCUGUGAAAAGUCCCGGAGUCUAAACAACAUAGCCGGAGCAGCUGGAACCAGUCUGGGGCUGUCUCCGCUGGCGUCUCGAUACAGCUCGCCCUACCCUCCAAGAAAGCUCCCGCUUUCCCACCCCUUCCAUCCCCUCCCCAGCCCACCACCUGGGCACACUGCCCCCUAGCUGCAUCCUCCCUCUCCUCGUCUUCCUGGGCACAAACUCACACAUGGGCACUCUCAUGCCCUCCCCAGCCUGCCUCCCAGCUCGCAUCCCUCCUUGGGCUCAGCACUGCCCACAGACUUGAGUGAAGGGAGCUGAUGAGGAUGGAGGAGGAUUCAGGCCCCUGGGCCUCUCCUCCACACUAUCCAGCUCCCCAGAACGUUCAGCCCUGAACUCAAGAGCGAUGGGAGAUUUCUCCCAGGGCAUCUACCCCAACCUACCCACCCCCUUCCUGAGCCAUAGGUACCAGCUCACCCAGGAUCAGUCUCUCUGGGCCCUGCCUUCCUCUAGGGGUCCCACCAGAGUGAACCACACUGGCCAGACUUUUACAAGGUGGUCCACAUGUGCACCUGGGGUCAGUCGGCCUUGCUGGGGAGCCAUGCCCGUGUUAAUAUUUAUAAUCACAGCAAAUGCGUUUCCAUUCCUCGUGGCUUUUAACCGGCAACUGAAGAGCCUGCCGUUGAAUGACUCUGUCUGUCUGUCUGUCCAUCCCACACCAGCAAGGAACAAGGCUGUCACAUGGGGCAUCGUUUGCUGGUGCGAAAGGGGCCAGAGUCCCUGACUGCUCUGAGGAGCAGCGCCUUAGACCGGUAGUGUCCACGGGCGGUGCUGGGAGAAGAGGCUUGGUGCUUUGCUGCUCUGGCCUGAGGUGCCAGCAAAGAUCCCUAGAGUUGGGGCCCCAGGAUUGACUCAAGCUCUGGGCGGGGCUCCCAAGGCACAGGAAUACUCUGCUUUCCAGGGGCCCUGCCCAGAUCCAGCGGGUGACACCCAGUGGCAGAGCCCGGCAUUCAUCUGCGCGCCAGUCCGAGCUGCGGAGCUGCGGCAUCUCUCUCCACGCUGCUUCCUUUGCUUCCGCGACAGUUUUUCUUCUCUCUGCCACCCCCCCACAAACUCCCAGCCCUGCCUCUGAGUCACCUGCAGCUCCCACCCAGCUUCAGCGCUCUAUAUUCCUGCCAGAACCAGAGACUCAUCUAAUUUCUAUAAUUAAGUGUAUUCAUUUACCUAACGAGCCCGGGAGCACAACAGGUUUGUGAGUCACCAGUGAGCAGGAGUACACCUUGGUCAGGGGCAGCUGAGGGAAAGCACGGAGACAGAGCCAUCCUGCCCCCACCUACUCCUGCAUAGCCCCUGGCGACUCCCAGGGAGCCUGUAGCUAGGCCUGGGCUGGCCAGCCACGUGUAGCCCCCUCCCUGAGCAGUGGCACCGAGCAAGGCUGUCACAGGUCUCCUCAACCCUAGGAACUCCUCGGCCAGGACAUUUCCUGUUUCACCUGAUGGGAAUUAGACUUGACAGCAGAGCCAUGCGCCUGGCAAUUUUUAGAGUCAGAUUAUGCAACUUUGUAGAGGGAAUGACUAAGUAAGGGCCAUAUCCGCUCCUUCCAGGGUGGGCAAAGACAGGCAUGGCAAGACUGCACUUGGAGACUCAGCAGGAGGCUGGGGAAUCUGGGGGCUACCCGAAAAGGUGGAAGGGAAGGAAAGAUCAGAUUAUUUCAUGGUGGGGGUGGUGCAAAGCCUCUGCUGGGAGCAUCCCCAUUGCAGCACCUCUCUCAGCCUAUGGCACACACGAGAAGAUUCCUUCCAGAUAGGUCUGUUGAAGGCAGGUCCUGGGAUGCUCCAGCUCCACUCCAGUCUGUGGGGCCUGCUUCCCACUUGCUGUCAGGAUAAAGUGCCCCCUAAGAGUUGAGAAGAGAGGAUAUAGGGACAUCUGUGCGAUUGCCCUUCAGAAGAGGAGAUAUCCCUUUAAGGGACAAGAAAGCCCUGUGGAGCAGGAUGGAGAUGACCAGGUACUCUCUCCCCUCACAGCUGAGUCUCAGAGCCCAGCUCCUUCUUCUUCAUGAGGACAGGUCCAGUCCUGCCCCCACAAGGCUCCCUGGCACCAGGGCUCCAGACUGGAUGGGGACGUGAUGAGCUAGGUGUCCAGUUUAGCGCUGGUACCACUGCUGUUUUCUCUUCUGACUUGCCUGUCUGGCUCAGGGAACUGAGGCAACUAUUUCUGUGGCAGCCCUCAAGUUGUCAGGAGCCCAAGUUUCCACGGCACCCACCGCCUUCUUCCCUCCCGUCCCUCCUACAGGGACGGGCAUGCUCACAGCACCCCUAUGGUGGGCACAGAUGUCCCCGGGCAGUGUGGUGCCGUGGUGCCAGGCUGGAGCCCUAGUGCCUUAGGGAGAUGGACCCCACACUUGCCUCCUGGCUCUCUGGCUCUGUAAGGGGAGAGACAGGACCCAGCUAAGGGAGAGUAGAGCAGGCUUGCCUGCCCCCAGCCACCUCUCAGGACCUCUGGGCCUUCCGGGGACCUGGGGAAGAACAAUGUGGAUCUGUCCUGGGAAAGGACAGCCCCUACUAUAAACCAAGUUUCACCUGAAGAGGAGACUGCUUGCAUGGCCUCAGGCUCACCCAGGUGUGGGGUUGCUCUUUUUGGGAGAAGGCCUAUCCUCCCAUCCAUAGUCUGAGAGUACAGUUUGCUUUUCCUUGGAUCUGGACUUGGACCUACACCCAUACACCCACUACUUCAGUUAGAAGCCUUCCCCUACCUUUACAGGAAGCUGGUCCUGGACCACAGAACCUAAUAGCUGCAGGGGUUGUCCUAAAGCCGACCUCCCACCUGUACUUUUGACCCAGUUCUGCAGCUAGGACAGCAGCUUCCCUGCCUGUGUUCCCACUGGGAAAGUAGGGGGAACGGAAGACACAGGCCUCUGACAUCCCAGGUGAACAUGGGAUGCCAGUAAGAGCUCACUGCAGAGUUGGGUUUCUCAACAAGAUGCUCAGUGCCUUCCUGUAGAGCUUGGAAGCAGCCCUCGUAGAACUACUGACAACCUUAGCCGAUGCCACUUCUGUCGGCCCAGGUAGAACCAGAGGGGAAGGUGCCCUGUGGUCUAGAGCCCUGGCUGGGUGGAAGUUGAGGGAUGCACCUCAUGGGGCCAUUAUUUCGUAGAGCGUCCUGGGAGAGGAGGGCCUUCUCUGCCCUGGCCAGAUAGUAUCACUCUCUGGUAUCCCUGGCUCUCACCCCUGGCCAGUCAAAUAGACAAAUUCCAGAACGAGACUCCUGGGAAGGCCUCUCCCCAACUCUCAGAGGCCCCUGAGGAUGGAAAGCCCAUGGAAGCCCCUGGAGAAGGCAACCUAAGGCUACUAUCUCAACAGGCUAAUCUGCUCCCCAGCUCCCCCGACCACUUCACAAGGUUGCCUUGACUCUCCUUCUGUCUCGCACCAUGCCCACCCAAGACCCCUUGGUAACCCAGGCAUUCUCACCAGUGUGUCUUAGGACCCAGUUGCUCACAGGGAGGACCAGAGGCUACUAUGAGUUGGGCCUAAGUGAGUAUCUGGGUAUUGCUGAAGUUAUGUAGAAAGUUUGGGGCAGGGAGUACAGGGCAAGACCACAGCUCUCUACUUGCCCCCAGAAAUGGAGCUGUAAACAGCCUUGGGCUUCUGUGGUUUUCUCUAGGAUUAUACUCAGAGGCCUGGAAUACAAGUGGACCAAGGGGCAGUCUAAGACGGGGCACAGGGCCUCCUGAGAUGGAAACAGGGUCACUCCAAGAUGGGAACACCCUUUCCCUAGUAAAGUGAUGGAGGCUCUUUAGCAUGGCUGGGCAGCCCAGGAUGGAAGUUGUAAGUCUGGUUGCUGAAGCUGACCCCACCUUUGCAGGAGGGCUGGCCUGUGACCACAAAACCUAAUAGCUGCAGGGGUUGUCCCAGCGCUGACCUAGAGGGGGCUCCACCUCCACCCGCGCUAUUGACCCAGCUCUGCAGCUGGGUCAGCAGCUCCCCUACCUGCCUCUACUUGUGUUCCCACUGGGAAAGUGGGAGAAGGGAAGACCCAAGCCACUGACAUUCCAGGCUGAGGAUGGGAUGCAGUUAGGGCUUCCUGAGGGGUUGAGUUUCUCAACAAGAUGCUGUUUUCUGGCCUUCUCUCCUGAGAAGGGCACAUUCAUCCUCCCUUACCUUCCCCUUCAGCAUUCACCUGAGCCUUUGUGCUCUCUGUUCCUUCAGACUGUGGACCAGGCAUGGCAUGGUAGUAUACUUAGGGGCCUUCUUGGGGCCCCUAGACAAUGGAAUAGCCUGGGGUGGUGAUGGCAGGUGGAGCUAUUUGGUGGGGAGCUCAGGUUGGGCAGGACCCUUCCUCACUGCCUCCAUGCCAGGCUGCAGAGCUGUGACCCCUUGCCUCACUGCAUUGGAGCUUUGAAGAUCUGAGGCUAGUGGUUCCUGGAGUCUAUUACGUGAGCACAUAGGGAGACAAGCUGUAACAUCACCCAUGAAUCAACUUAGCCCAUAACUGGGUCAGCAGAGGGGUGCCGAAAGGGCUCACUCCAUUCUCUGACUCAUCCCUGCUCUUCCUGGCCUCUUAGUCUUGGGUUCUCCAUGCCUUCUAGCUCUGCUUCUGGCCUGUUCCUUAGCCCACAUCCUGUGGGUCAGCAGCUGGCUUCCUUCUAACAUCUCACUCUUUGUUUCUCCCUUUCUUUUGCUGAACUCCUUGCCCCUCAGAAGGCAAUGUUGAGCCGAAAGCGUGCGUCCCAGUGUCUCACACCUGUGCUCUUUAAACACAGAGACCUGCCAAGACGCCCUCUCGUCCAACUAUGCCCAGGCUGAAGUUCUCACCCUCUCUUAAAGCUGCACCAACGCAAGAGAGACAGGCAGACAGACAGAAAGCCAAAGGCUUAGGG